AUGCGCUACUACCAUACGGAAGAGGACAACCUACGCGAAAAUGAUUUUGUCAACUCCACUGGAGCUCUCAAAAUGAGUGGCUAUGCAAAUACGACUCGCACCCAAAGGCACGGUUGCCCGGCCGAUGAGCACGACAAGGACUUUUCGCGGACACUUAAGGACACAGCGCCCAAGUAUUACGAGCAGCCAGCUCCAGUGAAGCAGCGCACAGAAAAGCUCGACAUAACGUUUAACCUACGACCGCAAUGCAAGACUCACACAACGAAGUUUGCGGGUGUGGGAGACCUAACAGUCCCGGAGGGUCCAGUUUUGGCAACUGCAGGGAGAGUUCAGAGCAUUGCAAAGAGGUAUGACCGGAUCCACAAAGAGCAGGACGAGACGGGAAGGAUUAGUUUGGGUAGCACACCGCUGAAUACACAAGAGAUGUGCGCCCAGGUGAAGCCCCGCAAGUACAACUUCAACUCCAUGCAGCAAGACAUUGGAGCAGGAAACUAUUCGGUGCAUCAGACGACCUGCGUUCAAAACCCGGUCCUCAAGACAAAGAAUCCCCAAACGUCGUAUUGGACCCCGUGCGGAGACAUUUUUGAGAAUUAG